UAAAUAGUGUUGGCAUUAGAUGUGGGCUAUGGUGUUGGGAAUAGAAUAAUGACCUAUAUUUGUAGAGGAGCGGGGACGAAAAUGAAGAGGGGAUGAGAGUGCGCCAGGACGGAGAGAAUUCGCAGCCGUGUUUUGGUCAAAAGUCAUGUUCAUGCGCAGAACUUCGUUUCUCAAACACAAUCAUCAAUCGACUGACUUCCGCUUCUUCUUCUCAACAUCAUCAAGACUAACCUUCCCCAGCAAUUGGAUAACCAAGCAGAGCGAGUCUGUCUCCUCGGCUAGAUCUUGGGGUUUUGCGCCUGCUCCAGUGAGCUAAGAGCAUACAUAGGAAGCAAGCGGCGUGUGUGGGUGUGUGUGAUAGUGCGUUUGUUUGUUUCUGUGAGUGUGCGUGUGAGAGAGAGAGAGAGAGAGAGAGAGAGAGAGAGAGAGAGAGCGAGCGAUAGAGCACAGCGGGGUAGUGUAGUGUGCAGCGUUGUUGCAACGUUGGUGUGCUGGCGUGUGACGUUGUUGUUUGAGGACGUGAGGGUGCAUCGAGAUGAACUUCAAGCUGGUGAAGGAGGAAGCAUACGGGAAAGAUAUCGAGUUACAGGUCACUUCCCAGGUCAAAAAUAAGUAAAGCAUAGCCUGGUGAAUACUGUAGGAAGUUCACAUUGGUUCUAUGUUCGCACGCUCUGAUCAUUCUCUUUGAAGAAUGUACAUCGCGUAAGAUCGCAUCGGAGAGCUUUCAGAGUCGGCGCUCAGGCAAGAGAGGAUGCAAUAUUACGGAGGUAUGCGAGGUUUCGAUGAAGGGUCCACAAAAAUGGACGAGUUGGACUGUGAACUAUGGCAUGCGUGUGCUGGUCCUCUAACGCAACUGCCUCCAGUUGACAGCCAUGUGAUGUACUGGCCACAAGGACAUAUUGAGCAGGUAGUUGCAUGCACGCCAGAUUCCGCAGGCGCUGCAGAUGUCUAUCAAGCAUCGAAACAGUUUUCAAAUCUACCCGCCCAUUUGCUUUGCAAGAUAAGCAAGAUUGAGCUGCAAGCGGAUCCUCACACUGAUGAGGUGUUCGCACAGAUGGAUCUCACCCCGCAAUACGAGACGGAGUUUACUAAAGAAAUGAAAGAUGCGCCACCUCCAACCAUGCAAAAGAACGUCCGAAGUUUUUGUAAGACAUUGACUGCGAGUGAUACGAGUACUCAUGGAGGUUUUUCGGUGCCCAGAAGAGCUGCUGAAGAUUGUCUGCCUUUGCUUGACCACAGCAUGAAUCCUCCAUGUCAAGAGCUUGUGGCUAAGGAUCUGCAUGGCAAGGAGUGGAACUUUCGUCAUAUUUAUCGAGGUCAUCCACGAAGACAUCUUUUAACAACAGGUUGGAGUGUUUUUGUCAGUCAAAAGAGGCUCGUUGCUGGGGACACUGUGAUUUUCCUACGUGGAGAAAAUGGUCAGCUCAGAGUUGGAGUACGUAGAGCAUCUAAGCAACUGCCGCAAACACGCUCCACUCACUUCAGUAAUGCGAACUUGCAUCUUGGGGUGUUAGCUGCGGCAUCUCAUGCAGCUACUGAAAGGCUGCGUUUCAGCGUGAUUUAUAAUCCCAGGACAAGUCCAUCUGAAUUUGUAAUACCCUAUCAUAAAUAUCUGAAGACCAAAGAGAACAAUCUGACAGUUGGUUCUCGGUUCAAGAUGAAAUUUGAAUCGGAUGAGUCAACUGAGAGGAGGUACUCCGGUACCAUCGUAGAAGUGAGUGACGCCGACCCACUGAAAUGGCCAAAUUCAGCAUGGAGGUCCAUGAAAGUGGAGUGGGACGAAUCAGCUAGUGAAAGGCACGAAAGGGUAUCACCAUGGGAGAUCGAGCCCUUUGUGCCGAUCUCCACCUUGCCCACACCUUCUGUGGGGCCUAGGCCAAAGCGCCGACCACCUACCUUUGUGACAGACUCGUCCCCGCAGGGAACCAGUCAAAGUGUGUUAGAUCCUCAGCAGUCCAACAAGUUGGCAAGGAUUCUACAUUCUCAUGAUCCUCGAAAUGAGUUGAGUAUAGGAGAUGACGAUGACGGGGAUAUCGAAUCCUCCCGGACCUCCUCAUUGGCUGUCAAGCAGGAACAACCGCCCCGUACUGGACAACAAAUUUGGUUACAACGUCCAGAUGUUUCCUCCUGUGGCAUGUCAGCUAGUCCAUACUCUAGUCCUAGGCUACCAUCUAUGGCACCAUUUGCCCCCCUGCCAGCAGACAAAACUGACCUGCAGCUGUCUGUAAAAUCUGGCAGCUUGGAUCAAACUCUCAGCAACGACGUGUCGAGUGUGUCCUGUGCGCCAUACGUGGGUCCUGGAAACCAUUCGACAGCUGCUCAUCAUUUUCGAGAGCCUUCUUGUAAUAAGAUUUUGCCAAGUUGGCUGACGUAUCCCAAAUCAACGGAUGGUACUGGGGUCACGUCUCUCCCGGGUUCUGGAAGAACCCAACUGCCUAUCACCUCGCUUAACAAUGAUCCGAAAUUAACACCUGCACAAAACCUGUCCUUUGGAUCAUGGGAUAAGGUUGAGCAGGAGAAAGUUCACACCUCUCCAGCACUAGAACAGCAGUGCAAGUUGUUUGGCUUUAAUCUGGUUGAUAAGGCGGUGCUUGCGCCUGUUUCGUCAGCGCCAUCUCAUUGUGAAGAUUCUGAAGGAUCUGGUCCCUGGUCUUCCACUGACCUCACUUCCCCUACCUCUGUCGAUACCCACGUGAGCAAGCUUGCAAACGGAGCAUACCAGCCGCCCACCGUUCCAGUGAGGAGCGGAACCAAAGUGAACUAUUAUGGGAAAUUCGGUCGUACCGUUGAUCUCAAAAAGUGUGACAGUUACGCCGCUCUCAGACGCAUGCUGGCGACCCUUUUUGGCCUUGAAGGUCAACUGGAUGAUGUUACGAAGGGUUGGCAGCUUGUUUACACUGACCACGAAAAUGACGUCCUCCUGGUGGGGGAUGAUCCUUGGGAGGAGUUCUGCAAUUGUGUGCGGAGCUUGAAGAUCCUGUCUCCACAAGAUGCUGCGGGACAGAACGUAGGAAAACUCCCCAUGAACAACUGUGACGAGGACGAUGAUUGGCUUUCUGCAGUUCAGAGCAGUGGCUAGAAGGUGUCUCUCAUUUUGGAUGUGGCACUGAGUGUUCAUAUUGUCCCUUUUUGUUUUUGUGAGAUUUUGACUGCAGCCCUCCAAUUCAGAACUGGCGGCUAGGGACGAAAGGCUUUUCUCCUAUGUAGUAGGAGAGUUUUGACUGCAAAAGCCUGAUCCGUGUACAGCAUUGCAUUGCUACAGGCCGUAAUGGGAACGUUUAUGAUAAAUGUAGGUUGUAUACAGCGGCAGAAGUAUUACGAGUAUCUAUAGAGCCUUCAAGAGAUGGAAGACGAACUGGUGUGCACCCUCUGGUGCUAGUAUGACUCCAUGCAUUGUGAAGUGGGUUCCUUCAGGAAUGCUAUUGCUUUUCAUCGUCUUAGAUCGUAGAUGUGAAAAGUCUUUCUAAUGAGCACUUGUCUGUUGUGUUGUGGUACUCCUGAUCUGUAGCGCUUGAAAGGACUAGGUGAAGAGGAUUAGACAGGAGUAGCCAAAAUUUUGGUUUUUUUAACGGGACCUCAUCAUAUUCACUAAGUGAGUGUAAAGUAGUUAAACAGCACCGUCAACCGCGGAAUUUCUGCAUGGCACCAUGUCAUCACAUGAAUCACCGUAGCUUAAGUUGACGACUUGAGAAUCAGAUGAGAAAGUGAUGCACACGACUCGUCAGGAUGAAGGACCCGCUUUGGUAGGCCAUAUUUAUUUCCCAUUGUUCCCCAUUCUGGCAGUGACAGGAUAUACCUUCUGCGUUCACUUACAUAGACUGAGUGGUUACAUUGACCUGCUAAUAAACAAAUUCAUCAACA